GGAGCUGUGUUUUCACCUUUCCAAUGGAAGUUUUCCUUCCUGACCAUCACUUACCCAAAGAAAGUAACACAAUCGUAAAGGACUGUGCAGUGACACUACGCCUACCGUUGGACAACAGUGCUACAGACUGGAGCAGCAAGUUUCAGGCAAAGCACUGACCCACCAGGAGGACAGUUUGUUGUCCGAGGACGAGCUGAAUAAAUCACGCCCACUCCAGCAAGACGACGUUGGAUGGUCUCAGUGGUAGACCGGCGGCACAGAUGUCUGGCGGAAGAUGGAAUCAUCGGAACAGCUAGAUAUGGAGGUUAUGACCCCUCUUAUUGAGCAAGCAGGGCAGUGUACAGAAGAACAUUCAGAUGAAGAUCAUGAUCCCGAACUGGUUCCUGUACAAAGACAUUAUGAGCUGGGCAUUCAUCAUGGGAUCACGUACUCACAAACGCUGCUCCAUCUGCUGAAGGGGAACAUUGGAACCGGCCUGCUCGGCCUUCCCCUGGCAGUGAAGAACGCUGGGAUCAUUGUUGGGCCUAUAAGCCUCGUGCUGAUGGGAGUAGUGUGCGUGCACUGCAUGCACAUCCUGGUCCACUGCAGCCAUCACCUGUGUGAGAGGUUGAAAAGACCCCCGAUGGGGUACAGUGACACUGUGGCGUUUGCGAUGGAGCAGAGCAGUCUGAAGUGCAUCAAAAGGGGAGCAGACUUUGGGAGGCACCUGGUCAGCUUCUUCCUGGUGUUGACUCAACUGGGCUUCUGCAGCGUGUACUUUGUAUUCCUGGCAGAGAAUAUCAAGCAGGUGGUUGAAGGGUACUGGGGGAACAGUACAGAUCAUCCACCAUCCUUCACCAACGUCACCAUGGAGACGGGCUCGGGCACGCCCCUGGAGCCAUGGGACCUGGAUGUACGCCUCUACAUGCUCUUCUUUCUACCCUUCCUCAUUCUCCUUGUCUUCAUUAAAGACCUGAAGAACAUGGCUGUGCUGUCAUUCUUGGCCAACCUUGCCAUGGCCGUAAGCCUGGUCAUCAUCUUCCAGUACAUCCUAAGGGACGUGGGAGACCCUCACAGACUGCCCUAUGCAUCCAGCUGGAAGAAGUUCCCCUUCUUCUUUGGCACGGCUAUAUUCGCCUUCGAGGGAAUAGGAGUGGUUCUCCCCCUUGAAAACCAGAUGAAGGAGCCAAAGCGGUUCCCACAGGCGCUCAACGUCGGCAUGGGCAUCGUCAUUGUCCUGUAUGUUGCCCUGGCGACGCUUGGGUACCUUCACUUUGGCGAUGACAUCAAAGGCAGCAUAACUCUUAACCUUCCACACAAUGCAUGGACCAACCAAAUGGUGAAGAUCUUGUACUGCUUCGGGGUUUUCGUCAGCUUCGCCAUCCAGUUCUUCGUUCCAGCGGAGAUCCUGUUGCCGCCCCUCAGGUCACGCCUGCGUGAGAGCUGGAGGGGGCCCUGCGAGCUGGCCCUCCGAGCCCUGAUGGUCUGCCUCACAUUAAGCGCCUCGCUCUCUCGCAGGCGGGUGGACGACCUCGCCCUCUCUCCCUCUGCGCCGCGCACCAUCGCCCGCAGCCACACUUGA